GCGAGCCCCGCGGCGGUUUGUGGCCGGUGUGUGUAUGUCUUCACAAGGAUGACUUUACAGUCAAUUACCCCUCACACACACAAACAGCGUAUAUUCCUCCCGUUUUCCGCGUUCCAGAGAGCAGAGACCUCCAUGGCUUAACUCGGGACCGUGUCACGGACUUUAUUCGUUUCUGAGUUGGAUUUUUGCGCUAUUUUUCGCGCCCCUCACGAGCUAAGCUAAGUUAUCGAGCUCGCGAGCUAAGACUGGAUUUGUGCAAAUUCUUCGUUUCUAAAAGUUCCGUACGCGGCAAAUACCACACGAAUGACUGGUUUCCACGGAUAAAUCCACUUGGAGUUAUUUAUAAAGACACUCCCGGGUCGGACGGUUUGAAAGGAAGAAGGGCCAACAUUACCUCAGCGAAGCUAACGAGCUAAGGAGCUAACGCUCUCGUGCACAAGAAAACACCCUCUGCGCGAGCAGUUUAUUAACGCUUGUAGUGACGAUCAGCUCAUUAGAUCUUGCGUUUAACGUUAACGAUUGGGUUAAUGAGGUAUUUUAUGUUUUUGUUGACAUGUUAAAUGUCUGACCUGUCUUGGGGAGUGGUGGUCUGUGCUUGCAUAGUUCAGCUGAACCCACUCACAUUAUUAGUCUUCAUUAGUGUGUUCAUCAGUCGCAUAAGUGCAUAUUAGGGCUUUUUGUGGCUUAUCGAUCAGUUAUACCCGAACAUAUUUGGUCAAUAUUCGGGAAUAAUCGCACCUCAAAUGGACAGUUUUAUUUAGAGGGCAGGUUCACUAACCAACAGACUAUUAGUCCAAAUACGCCUCCGUAAGUGUGUUUCUGGUUUGUUUCCUGAACAGGCAUAUGAUUGUAACUGGAAAUGAGUCGUGUUGGAAACGUGGUUUAGUUACGUUUUGAAUCGAAUUGCGGAUUGUCAUCUGCAAACAUCGAUUUGUAUGGAAGUGGGCAGCUUUAACUUGACACAGUCUUGGGUCAUGGGGGUCGUUCAAGGGGGCGAAAUGUCAUCUACGUAGUCUCUAAUUAGUAUUUUUGACGUUAUGUAGUCUUUUCUUAUAGCUGAUGUUUUUCUUAUAAUGUGUAUUGGUCUCCGUUCCACGACCGACACCUGAUAUUUUAGUAAAAACAAUAUUGAAUUGGAACAACUGGUCAGUCUGGAUAAAGAAGCCCUGUCUUUUGUGUCUGGUUGGAGUCACACUCCCAAGCCAUCCUCAAUGCCUUCAGCGCUGGCCGUGUUCACCUGCCGACCGAAUUCACACCCGUUUCAGGAACGACAUGUCUACCUGGAUGAGCCGGUCAAGAUCGGGCGCUCGGUGGCCCGGUGUCGCCCUGCCCAGAACAACGCCACCUUCGACUGCAAGGUGUUGUCCAGGAAUCAUGCUCUGGUGUGGUUCGAUCACAAGACAGGAAAGUUCUAUCUCCAGGACACCAAAAGCAGCAAUGGCACCUUCAUUAACAGCCAGCGUCUGAGCCGUGGGUCAGAGGAGAGCCCACCAUGUGAGGUGCUCUCCGGUGACAUCAUACAGUUUGGGGUGGAUGUGACCGAGAACACCCGGAAAGUCACUCAUGGCUGUAUAGUGUCGACCAUCAAGCUCUUCCUACCAGAUGGCAUGGAAGCUCGGCAACGAUCGGAUUCUGUUCCAGCACCACUACCACUAGCUAUUGAUAAGGUGUCUGCAAAUACACCCAGUAUGUAUUCUCAGGAACUGUUUCAGCUCUCCCAGUACCUGCAGGAGGCCUUACACAGAGAGCAGAUGUUGGAGCAGAAGUUGGCCACUCUUCAGAGGCUGCUGGCCAGCACACAAGAAGCAUCAGAAAACAGCUGGCAGGCUCUAAUCGAUGAGGACCGGUUACUCUCCAGAUUGGAGGUGAUGGGGAAUCAGUUGCAAGCAUAUUCAAAAAACCAAACAGAAGACAGUAUCCGCAAGGAGCUUGUAGCCUUAACAGAGGACAAACACAAUUAUGAGACAACAGCCAAAGAGUCCCUGAGGCGGGUCCUUCAGGAGAAGAUCGAGGUGGUCAGGAAGCUGUCCGAGGUGGAGAGGAGUUUGAGUAACACAGAGGAUGAGUGCACACACCUGAGAGAAAUGAAUGAGAACACACAAGAGGAGCUCCGAGAACUCGCCAACAGAUACAACGGAGCUGUCAGUGAAAUCAAGGAUCUUACAGAAAAGAUUAAGUUGGCAGAGGGCAAACACGAGGAGCUCACUCAGAAAGGACUGAACGAGAAGAAAGAACUACAGUUGAGGAUUGAAGAGAUGGAAGAGAAGGAACAAGCGCUUCAGGCCCGAAUCGAAGCCCUGCAGGCAGACAACGACUUCACGAACGAGAGACUGACGGCCCUGCAAGUGCGGUUAGAACAGCUGCAGGAGAAAAGCAUAAAAGAAAACAACAGUCUAGACCACUUUCUUUUAAAGAGUGGAGGAGACUGCACUUUAAUCCAACAGUACAUUGAGUGUCAAUCGGUGAGGCAGUUGAAGGAGGCUGUGGACUCGUCUAUUAACAAACUGUCCAACUUUGACGAAGUCAUUGAUGCACAUCUUCAGAAUAAUCAGACGACCGUUGACAACAGCCUGGCAAGUCCAGACAGACUUAAAGAAAACCAAAUAGACGUGAAAGAGUGUGACAUGUCAGAUACUCUGAGCCCCAGCAAAGACAAAAGCAGUGACGACACGUCAGACGGACAGAUGGAUGAACAAGAACAGAACGAGACUCAAAACAGGGUUUCUCUUCUGAAAGAGAUGGACAGGAACCUGGAAUCUGGAGACACUGAGCAGGUUAUUCCACACCUCCACAGAGAGCUGCAGGAGGCGCAGGAGCUCGCCAACACCGGCAAACAGAAAUGCCUCGAGCUUCAAGCUCUGCUGGAAGAGGAGAGGAGAACAAACAGACUGCAGAUGGAAGAAUCUGCUAAACAGAUCCGCUUCUUGCAGACUCAGCUAUCAAAGCUUCAGUCUGACAUGGAAGCUUUGCAUGAACAGAGGGAGAACACUAUUACCAGCACCAGAGAGGAGCUCUACAGCGCUCAGGAGGAAAUCCUGGUGCUCCGUCACGCCAUGGAGACCGCCACCGCCGAGCGGGAGCGCGAGAUCACCGCCCUGCAGGGAGACCUUAGCAUAGUCACUGCCGAACUUGACAAAUGGAGACAGACGGCCGCCAAGUAUGAAGUGGAAAUCAGCAAUCUACAGGCCAGUUUUCAGAUGCAGAGCCAGCACCAAGAGAGAGCCAGUCAACUACAAGGUGAGCUGGAGAAGCUUCAGACCGAGUGCUCUGGUCUUCAGAAUGAAUGUGACAGUUUACGUGCUGAGAAAACCACACUUAUGCAGAAACUGCACAGACUGGAGGAUGAGCUCAACAGCUCCAGAGAGCAGAGUGCGACACUCAGCAGCAGUUUAAAUGCUAUGGAGAAAUCACAGGGUGACCUGGAAAAUAAACUGGGCUCCAUACAAGACCAGCACCAAGAGGACGCCAGCAAAUUGAAGAUACAAUUGGCCCACGCCGAGAACCGCACCAGAGAUCUGCAGAAGGAGUAUGAUGACACUCAGAAUCUGCUGUCAGAUCUCAGGCAGCGGUAUGAACAGACCGAGCAGGAGAAACACUCCAUCAACGAUGAGCUGGAGCAGUGCAAGGCCAAUCUGAAACUCCUGCAAGAGAAAGGCAGCAAUCCAUCCAUAUUGCAGCCUGUCCAAGCCAUUUUCAUCGGUCUGUUCCUGGCUUUGCUGUAUUGGUGCUUCAGCCAGUUGUGGUAGAAAGAGCGGAUGGAUGCCCUGGAUGCCGGUGGUCGCCGCCGUGGUUGCAGUGACAGCAGUGGUGUUUUAUCCCAACCUAACUAAGAGCUCGUCCUGAGAGCACAAACCAAUUGCAACACUUGUUUCUACCACUUCCUGUAUGUCUGUAGGACGAGGUCUAAAUCUGAACAUAGUACCUCCAUAUUUACAGCCCCCUGGGUCUCAACAAUGUCUGUGUAAAUGCAAAUGUAAAUAAUAUAGAAAGACUGAGGGGAUAAAGUUGUAUCGCAUAUUUUAGAAUAAAUACUCUAUCUGCAUUUUUGACACUCAGAUGGGAAUUUCAGAUUAUUAAGAUGGACAAAACUAGGCCUGACUUUUUCUUGGAAGGGGUUACCACGUUUUCUGUUAGUAUUUUUUUAGUUAACUUUUCUUGUGGUUUGCCAUUUUAGUUGUUAAUGUGGUAUUCCAAAUAGAUGUAAAGCCAAAUGAGAAACUCUAGGGCACAACUUGAGGGGGUGAAGUGCCUACUUUAAAUAGUUCACAUUGAAGUGCCACUCUUGCAGCAUCACAUUCAUUCGAUUUGAAAAGAAAAAUGUCAAAAUUUCACUAUUGUCUGUGCUGUUACUGUGUGUUCAAACCAACAUGCUUCUAGCACAGUGAUGUCGUUGUACUCUAUGGCUGUUUUCUCUUGUAUCGUGUAUUCUAAGCAAAUGUUCAUGUCAAAGACACUACAAGUAUCUAGGUGAUUUUGAAUUUCAAUUUUCUUGACAUGUAAGAUUGUGGUCAAUGUCAAACGGAAUGGAACAUUGACUUUAAAACAAACGUUGUAGCUUUUUAUCAACACACUUAAGACGGGGCACUUUCAUUUCACGGCUACGGCCCAUCGUUUGUAUGCUAAAAUGAUCUUCUACAGUACCUCCUGAAAAAGGCUCUGGGAUUUUUCUUUUCUCACAGUAUGAAACCGAAAGCAAAGGCACUUCAAACAAGUGAAAAAAUGAUAAUAAAAAUGGGUGGAAGUGUCAAAAAUCCACACUUAUGAAGCACAGAAAUGGGUGCGAGUGAAUUAUUUUGGUGGUGUAAAGGGGAUGAGUUUACAUUUGGAUGUGUGGGUUGUUUUGAGAUUGGUGCGAUAAGAAUUAACCAAUGAUGUGUUUGCUGUGUGCUUCACAUUUGUCUGCUGUGCUGUAAAUAAACAGUCGUCGAGCAAAACCGCAAUUCAUCUAAUUCAGCCAUGUCAAGAAUUUUUUUUUUUUUUUUUUUUCAUCUUUUU